CCACGCUGUCUCCGCCGCUGCUCCGCCUCCCCCCACCCCCGAAGCCUCGCGGCCCCCGCAGGGCGGAGAUCCCAAGGUCGUCGCCGGGGGGCAGGGAUGGCGUCGGCGGCGACAUCUCCGGCGCUGGCCCUCGCUGUCGCGGCCGCGGUGGCAGCGGCCGCGUGCCUCUGCGCGGAGGCGGUGUGGCUGGAUUUGCCGCAGUCGGGGACCAAGUGCGUGUCCGAGGAGAUCCAGUCCAACGUGGUGGUGCUCGCCGACUACGCCCUCAUGUACGAGUCCCACCCCUCGUCGCACCCCACCAUCGCCGUCAAGGUUACUUCGCCAUAUGGGAAUACCUUACAUCAUAACGAAAAUGCUACGGUUGGUCAGUUUGCAUUCACAACUUCAGAAGCUGGAAACUAUCUUGCAUGCUUCUGGAUAGAUAGCGCAGAGAAAGGGACAGGAAUAUCUGCUAGUCUUGACUGGAAGAUUGGGAUUGCAGCAAAGGAUUGGGACUCAAUUGCUAAGAAGGAAAAAAUUGAGGGUGUGGAACUAGAGCUUAGGAAACUUGAAGUGGCAGUACAAGCCAUCCAUCAGAAUUUAAUAUAUCUCAAAGCAAGGGAAGCAGAGAUGCGAGCAGUGAGCGAGAAAACAAACGCUAGAGUUGCCUGGUUCAGUAUUUUGUCACUAAGUGUCUGCAUUGUGGUAUCAGUUUUGCAAUUGUGGCACCUGCAAGGGUACUUCCAGAAGAAGAAGCUCGUUUAGGUUAGCUCAUCUAUUACUGUACUGUGACUCGAAAUUUGCAAAUGUUGUUACAUUGGGCAAAAAAAAAAACAAUUUUGUCAUCUACGAACUUCACACUAGCGAGGAGCUGCUUGUACUUUAUGUAAUUUAACCAUAUUGUUCAGUUUAGCUGUGUUGUGCAUUAUGAUUGCAAAUAGGUGACCAUACCUGAAUCUUCCUGUAUAUUUGAUGUCUCCGGGACAUAGAUUACAAGAAA